AUGUUAUCGUUAAGAUGCGUUAAUAAUGUGGUACUAAGGACAACCAUGGCGUCAAAUUUAACCAAGUCUACAAUUAGAUUCGCAACUACAGAUGCAACGUCUAAAAAAGACGUAAAAGCUACAGAGGUAAAAGAAAAUUUGCAAACUAGCCCAGUGGAAUCUACUCAAUCUACGGAGUUAUAUAUGAAUCCAGGUAAAUGGACCGGAUUGGAACCUACAAAAAUUAUAAGUUUAUUUUGGGAAAGAAAGACAAAAUUGGGGACUGAUUACAAACGUUGCCCCGAGGAAUUAGAUGCUUUGUUGAGUACUGCAGAUUUUAGUGGUAUGACUAAAAAUGAAAUUAAAAAAAUAUAUGAGGAUACGACUAAUGCAAUGGGUACUGGAAUGGUCAGUAAAAAAUUCUUGAGAGAUGGUUUAAGACCAUUCCAGUUCGAUGAAUUGCCAUCACCUGCUCAAGAUGUAGUAGAUGAGCAUCGUGAACAACGUUAUUAUAAUAGAUUAGCAAUAUAUGAUUUACCACUACUGACCCAAUAUCGUCAAAAAUAUACGAAUCCAUCAAUAAAAACACAUCCUAUUACAUAUCGCUAUACUUCCUAUAUUGGUGAAGAACAUCCUAACGGAGCUAAAGUUGUUUUAUCCGUAAAAACUAAGGAUCUUCCUUUGAAUGAGAAACAAUUACAUAAAUUACGUUUAUUGGCACGUACACGUUAUGAUCAUGAAACUGAUAUCUUUAAGAUGUCAAGUGAUAAAUUCCCAGAAUCCGCACAGAAUGCACGUUAUUUGCAUGACAUCUUUCAAAGAUUAAUGAAGGAAUCUAAGGAUUUGGCAGACGAUUUUAGUGAUGUUCCAUUAGAUACGAGACACAUUGCAGCUAAGAAUCUACGUAAAAGAAAAAAUGAUUAUGUCUUCCCAGAAGAAUGGAAACGUCCAGAUGAUGCACCUGUUGAAACAAUUAAUGUUUUACAUGACAUUUUAAAGACUUCUCAAGCAAAAGAAUAA